GAUCUUUUCCAAGGGAGUCACAACUCCUUCCCUCCCUGCUCUCUGCUUCCUUCCAGCUGGGCCCUUGCUUCCCACCUCUGGUUGCUCUAGCAACCAUGAGCCACAGGUUUAGUUCUCAGUCUGCAUUUAGCUCAAGGAGCAGGAGGGCCUAUAGCAGCAGGUCCUCUUCAGGCUUUGGCGGUGGGAGACAGGCUGUGGGGUCUGUGUCACGGGGGCAUUGUGGUGGAGGUGGUUAUGGAGGGGGGUUUAGCUCCAGGAGUCUCUAUAGUCUGGGUGGUAGUAAAAGCAUUUUUGGGAGCCUAGUGGGGAGAAGUGCCAGUGGUUUCUGCCCAGGUGGAGGAGCAGGAGGAUUUGGAGGAGGAAGAAGCUUUGGAGGUGGUGGCUUUGGAGGUGGUGCCUUCGGAGGUGGUGGCUAUGGUGGUGGCAGGUUUGGAGGUGGCUUUGGGGGUGCUGGAUUUGGUGCUAGCAAUUUUGGGUUUGGGGGCUUUGGUCCUUCUUAUCCUUCUGGGGGUAUCCAUGAAGUGACUAUUAACCAGAGCCUCCUGGAGCCCCUACACUUGGAGGUGGACCCUGAAAUUCAGAGGGUGAAGACCCAGGAGCGUGAGCAGAUCAAGACCCUCAACAACAAGUUUGCAUCCUUCAUCGACAAGGUGCGCUUCCUGGAGCAGCAGAACCAGGUGCUACAGACAAAAUGGGAGCUGCUGCAGCAGGUGAACACCUCAACUCGAACCAGCAGCCUGGAGCCUGUCUUUGAGAGUUACAUCAGUCAGCUGCAGAGGCAGGUGGAUUUUCUGAACUCUGAGCGGUCGCGCCAAAACUUGGAAAUCAGGAGCAUGCAAGAUGUCGUGGAGGACUAUAAGAACAAGUAUGAGGAUGAAAUCAACAAGCGGACAAAUGCUGAGAAUGACUUUGUUGUUAUGAAGAAGGAUGUGGAUGCUGCUUUCAUGGGCAAAUCAGAUCUACAGUCCAAAGUGGACACCCUGUACGGGGAGGUCAACUUCCUGAAAUAUCUAUUUGACACGGAGCUGUCCCAGAUGCAGACCCAUAUCAGUGACACCAAUGUCAUCUUGUCGAUGGACAAUAACCGCUCCCUGGACUUGGACAGCAUCAUUGAUGCAGUGCGCGUGCAAUACGAACUGAUUGCACAGAAGAGCAAGGACGAGGCCGAGGCUCUGUACCAGACUAAGUACCAGGAGCUGCAGAUCACAGCAGGGAAACAUGGAGAUGACCUGAAGAAUAGCAAGAUGGAGAUCGCAGAGCUCAACCGCAAUAUCCAGAGGCUGCAGGCAGAGAUUGCCAGUGUCAAGAAGCAGAUUGAACAGAUGCAUGGGUCCAUUUCUGAUGCAGAGGAGAGAGGAGAAAGAGCUCUCCAGGAUGCAAAGCAGAAGCUGCAAGAUAUGGAUGAGGCCCUGCAGCAGUCUAAGGAGGAGCUGGCCAGGCUGCUGAGAGACUACCAGGCAAUGCUGGGGGCCAAGCUAUCCUUGGAUGUGGAGAUUGCCACCUACCGCAAGCUACUGGAGGGCGAGGAGAGCAGGAUGUCAGGGGAGCUGCAGAGUCAAGUGAGCAUCUCUGUACAGAGCAGUCAGGUGACCGUAGGUAGUGGCAGCUACGGAGGCGGCAGCGGCGGGGGCUCAGGUGGUGGAUACAGCAGUUACGGUGGAGGAUACGGCAGCAGCUCCCGCAGCGGCGGCGGCGGCAGUUACGGAGGAGGAGGAGCAGGCUCCCGCGGGAGCGGCGGUGGAGGCGGCGGCAGCAGCUAUGGCUCGAGCAGCAAAAGCAGCAGCAAAUACGGCAGCGGCGGCGGCCGGAGCGGCGGCUCCUCCCGCACUCAGAUAGUGCAAACCUCCACCCACAGCUCGCGCAGGCGCGUGGUGGAGUAGCGGCCACCAGGCUGCAGGACCUCUCCUGCCGCCU